GUAAACAAAGUGAAGCCAGACUCAAAUAUUUCAGGUCUUGUAGUGGGGUUCCAAAUACUGAUUUCAGAGUGAGAGGAUGUAUCUUCGGGGUGCCUUGGGCAUUCCGUAUCCAGUUCGAUGGAAAUCCAGCGCCCCGCCCGCCACCACGCCCUGGCCUAAACCCGCCCUGGCGGCCCGGUCCAUCGAGCGGUUACCUUACGCUAAAGCGCGCACCGGGAUAUUCGUGCAAGAAGAGCCAGAUUGGCCCAACGCGUACACGUCCAAUCCAUUCGUCCGGCGGAACUUGGCCCGCUUGUGUCCUCCCCCGGUCCUUGAGAGCAUUGAACCGGACCUGGAAGGCUUUGGCCAACGGGUGAGCACGGACAUCUGGAGCUUGGGACGCGAAUGCGAGGACAAUCCGCCCUAUUUGAAGCAAACCAAUGCUUGGGGUCGAAGAGUCGAUGAGAUCGUCACUUGUCCGGCUUGGCGGGCACAGAAGGCCAUUGCCGCCCAAGAAGGUCUCGUGGCCAUUGCGUAUGAACGGAACCAAGCCGAGUAUAGUCGGAUUUACCAAGCGGUGAAGCUGUUCAUGUAUGGCCCGGCAUCCGGUUUGUAUUGUUGUCCCCUAGCCAUGACCGAUGGAGCGGCCCAGACCCUCCAAGCCCAUCAGGUGGAUCUGCCCGAAGCCUGGGCUCACUUGACCUCGAGGGACCCCGCCCAAUUUUGGACAUCGGGCCAAUGGAUGACGGAGAAGCGGGGUGGGUCGGAUGUGGCCCAUGGGACCGAAACCCUAGCCGUGCCCACGGAUCAGCCUGGGUUGUUCCAUCUUCACGGUUACAAGUGGUUCUCCUCAGCCACGGAUGCGGAUAUGACGUUGGCUCUGGCCCGAAUUGUGGACGGGCAAGGUCAGAGCGUGGCGGGUAAUAAAGGUAUCAGUAUGUUCUUCGUCAAGGUCAGAGACGCCCAAGGCCGGUUGAAUGGCAUCGAGGUGUGUAAAUUGAAGAAUAAGUUGGGCACGCGCCAACUGCCCACGGCCGAGUUGUUGUUGGACGGAACCGUGGCGGAAUUGGUGUCCAGUCCGGGUCGCGGCAUUCCCAGUAUCGCCAGUAUGCUCACCAUAACCCGCCUGCAUAACAUCUUGAAUAGUGUGAGUUACCCGCGACGAAUGAUCACCUUGGCGCGGGAUUAUGCCAUGAAAAGAACGGCCUUUGGCCAACCCAUAGCCCAGAAAGUGCUACACGCCCAGACUUUGGCUCGCAUGGAGGUCGAGAUCCGAGGGUGUGAGUGUUUGAUGUUGGACAUUGCUCGAAUGAUUGGUCUGGAUGAUGUUCAUCAUAUUUCUGACCAGGAUAGCCUCAUUCUCCGGAUCAUGACUCCAGUCGCCAAACUGUACACCGCCAAGCAGAGCGUGGCGCUCAACUCGGAGGGCCUGGAAUGCUUUGGUGGACAAGGAUAUAUUGAAGACACGGGUUUGCCCGGAAUGCUUCGGGAUUCGCAAGUGCUACCCAUUUGGGAAGGUACCUCCAACGUGAUGAGUUUGGACGUCAUCCGCGCCCUGAUCAAGACUAACGGUGAGGCGCUUCAGGCUUUCGAGGCCCGAGUUUCAGCCGUGGCUGGUUUGGCCUCCAAGUCCAAUCUCGGCACGAUCCAGGAGUCGGCGGAAGCCAUCCGAAAAUCGGCGAGAGCUAUCUUGCACUUUGCCACUGAGCGGCCGGAUCAGUUGGAAAAGGCUUCACGAGAUCUGAGUGUAAGCUUGGCUCACACUUACAUUGCCACGUUAUUGACUGAACACGCGCUCAGUGAAUUUGCUUCGGAAUCCGAUGUUGUGACUCUGAGACAUUGGCUUCAACGAGAUUUGUCCCCGGUGAGCACAAAGUUCAGUCAAGGAGUGUAUGAAGAUGACGUGAAAAGUUAUCAGUCUCUGGUUUUUGAUGGAUAUAACCCCAAUGAGUUAUUUCUGAAAGCAUGAAAUAUUAAUAUAUUUUUAUUCGUUAUAAAUGUC